GAUGAAGCAAAACAAGCACGUUUAUUAUCUCGAAAAGAAACGAAUGGUAAUCAUAUAAAUGAUACAACAUUUCGUAAUUCAACAAAACAAACUCCAACAUCAACAUUAUCUGAUGCAUCUCCAUCACCUCCAUCUAUGCUUCAAAAUCCAUUAUUAAAUUCUCAACAAGAAAUGAAUAUUGAUGAUGAACAACGACAAAAACGUGAGAUUGCUAAACGACGUGAAGAAGAUCGUAAACGUCGAGAAUGUCAAGCACUGAAUCAAUCAUUACCAUUUAAUCGUCAUACUGAUUUUGAUUUUCAUUUAUGA